GUGGUGCUGGCGCUGGGCGCCUCGCCCGCCGCCGCUACGGCUGAGGCCAUGAGCCAUGUCACCGCGCAUUUCGGACAGAUGUUAGAGGAUUGUCGGGAGGAGUCCGGGCUGACGGUGGACAUGAUGGCGGCGUUCGCGCACUACUGGAGCGACGAGUUCCCGACGUCGUCGGUGCAGCGAGAGUUCGGAUGUGCCCUCAUCUGCAUGGCGCACAAGUUCUCGUUGCUAAAAGACGACGUGCGCAUGCACAGAGUCAACAUGGACGACUACAUACGCAGCUUCCCAGACGGUGAGUUACUGUCAGAUAAGAUGAUCGAUAUGAUCCACGAGUGCGAGCGGCAGCACGACGCCAUGGAGGACGACUGCGACCGCAUCAUGAACAUCUCCCUGUGCUUCAGGAGGGCCGCCCUACGAGAUGGCAUCGCGCCCAGCCUCGCCAUGGUGGAGGCUGUGCUCGACCAGUAUACGUAG